GCAUCAACUGAAGAAAUGGCAAUCUGGAGACGUUGUAAUAACUCCAGACCCCACAGACUCUCUUCACAAGCAAACCGGGAGGACAUUGGUGACGGAUCACUGCCUUCAGUCCACACCAUGGGGCAUAAUAACGUAGGUAACUCCUUGCAAAGAAGAGCAAGAUGCUGGAGUAUUUACCGAAGGAGAUAUAACAACUGGUCUGAACAAGUCAGUUCUGGCAUUUGUCCUUCACCCCACCAGCAGCAAGAUGGAGAUCCAGCAACAAAUGGCACUCACAUGAGCACCCGAGUAAGAUACACUCCCUAUGCCAUUCCACCGUGUCAUUGGAGAGGCAAUUUUCAGAAACAAGACCAAGUCCAAGCUAACAUGGAGGGAGAGCAAAAGCCUCCAGAGAGAAAAAUGAAGGGGGAGAGGCAGGAUGAGACCUCGGGGAGCUGGUUCAAGAUCAUAAUUCCAUUCGGCAUCAAAUAUGAAGAGACGUGGCUGCUGAAUCUGAUUCAGGGACAAUGCAGUGUCCCCUUCACCCCAGUUGAAUUUCACUAUGAGAAAAUGCAGGCCCAGUUCUUUGUUGAGAAUGCCAGCAUUGCCUUUGCAUUGAAGAGUGUCAACGGGAAGAUCUGGGAUGAGAAUAAUGAAACGGUCUCUGUCUUUGUCUACCCCUCUGACGCACCCCACUCUGUGCAGAAGGAGCUGAUGUCAGAAAAGGUGGAGCAGACAAAGCUUUUGCCCUUGAACCCAAGCAACAAGAAGCCUUACCAGCGGGAUGGCCCAUCCAGCAUUAUGCAGAAUGCCUCCAGUAUCAAGCCCUUGAACAGUGAGGUGAAGUCCGCAGGGGAGUUGGACAAGAGCAAAAGCCUGCAGCCAGAAGAGAUGAGUGCCAACAGAAGCUCCCUGUGCACCGCUUUUCCUGAUAAAUCAACCAACAUAAGCUCCAUCCUGGAAUUGUUUCCCAAGUUAUUAUGCCUGGAUAGCCAGGAGUCGCCUUCACCAACCAGCAUUGGUAUUGCAGCUCACAGAAGUUACCAACCUGCAAGGUACUACUUGAUCUACGACUCUGGAGACCGUCAGGGUCUCCUCAGUGCCUACCACGAUGAGGCCUGCUUCUCCCUGACCACUCCCUCUCAACCCCAAGGACCCAGCCCUAAGCAGCUGUUGUGA